CGAGAAAGCUUCGGUCGCGCGGCGGUAGUUGCGGCACGUCACUCCGUGACGACGUUGCGUCGUAUGUACGGUUGAUCGCAGAAGGAGCGCUCUUGCGUUUUUCUUUCGGCCGGUGGGAGUGCUAUCGCGUUAUCGUCGCGACGGGGCUAAUUGCGGUAAUUUACGUCGUCGCCGGUGACAAUAACGGAGGGACACGUCGCCUCGACGGAGAUAAAAAUAGAAAAGGAAAAAGAGAGAGAGAGAGAGAGGGAGAGGGAGAGGAGACGGAGAGUAGCAUACAACGACGUCCGCGUCGCGCGCGCCAGCGUGUCUCGCUCCGCGGAGAAAUCGCGGCGGCACUUCCGCUUGUCCUGGGGACCGCACCGCCGGAUGUACGGUACGGGAGAAACGACAGUCGAACCGGCGCUGGGUAUCGAGCGAGCCGCGGAUGAACGAAGAGUGUGCGCGUUUAUUAAUAAUGUCCCGCGUUACCAAGAUAUUAUUAAGCGCUAAUCAAAUUUACCAUAAUGACAGCGUGUCAUAUACUUUUGCAAACUGGCUGCCAGGGGAUUGGUUGCCUUGCCAUUCACUUAGCGCAUGUUUCAAGUCAACUACAAUUAGACGGAACUCGACUCGGCAUCCUUUCUUAUCGGGCAUCAAAGAUAAUGUUUCUCGAUUCCAACGUCUAGCCUAAUUUAUUCGCGACAUCAUAUCGCGAAUUGGGAAACAUGUACGGCAUAUUACAAUGGCUCGAUCAUGGCUAGGAUGCUUGUUCGGCAUUUUAGUACCGUCCGUGAUCUUUUAUUUGUACCUGCUGCUGAAUGUCCCUUCCGUGGAGAUAGGCAAAACGAGCGUCAGCGGAGGGAAGUGGCGAUCGUUAUCGGCGGGGGUGGAGAAAUCGAACUUGCGGAUGGAGGAUCGCUCUCCCGAACGGUCGCAGUUAAAAAACAAUUUCGAGGUGAAAUGCGACACGAUACACGUAGCCAUGGUGUGUGCCGGAUACAAUUCAACCUUCGCUCUCGUAACCGUAGUGAAGUCCAUUCUGUUUUAUCGCACGAAUCCGUUGCAUUUUCAUUUGCUCGUCGACGAAAUUGCGAGGAAAACGCUUUCGACCCUGUUCCGAACGUGGGAUUUGCCACAUGUAAAUGUAACGUUCUACGAGGCUGAGGUUUGGGUGCCGAGGGUCUCCUGGAUACCGAACAAGCACUAUUCGGGGGUGUACGGUCUCCUGAAGUUGAUACUGCCGGACGCGAUGCGAGAGGACCGGGUGCUCGUACUGGACACGGACGUGACCAUUCUGACAGACAUGUACCCGCUGUGGAAGAUGUUCCAAAUGUUCUCGGCUAGCCAGACUUUGGGUCUGGUCGAGAAUCAGAGUAACUGGUACGUGAAGGCGUUGUCGUACGGUCAGCGACCGUGGCCGGCCCUAGGUCGCGGUUUCAAUACCGGUGUGAUGCUGAUGCACCUGCAACGUUUACGAGACGGAGGGUUCGCCACGUCCUGGGAGAGCGUGACGAAACGCGUACUGGAGCAUAUACCGGAGACCAGCUUGGCCGAUCAGGACGUGAUAAAUGCGGUGAUCAGCGAGCAACCGACUGUCGUGUACAAGAUAGAAUGUACCUGGAAUAUACAGUUGAGCGAUCACACGAUAAGCGACACGUGCUAUCGCGACACGAAUCGCAUAAACAUCCUCCACUGGAAUUCUCCGCGAAAGCAAGACGUUCACAAUAAGCACGUUAACGAGUUUCGGAAACUGCACCGAGUCUUCCUCGAGAUGGACGGCAAUCUGUUGCGAAAGCGUUUAUUCGGCUGUGACAGACACGAGAGCGCGCUUCCAUACUACGAAUUGAGUCCGUGCCGGGAAUUCGAGAAAGGCGCUACCCUUUUAUAUCGCACGCAUCCUUUCCUUCUCGAGUACGAAUACAACGUGUACUCGCCGACGGAUGUUGCUCUAGUCACUCAGUGUAGCAUGGAGAGGGUGCCGCUGUUGGAGGCCUUGUCGAAACACUGGCCGGGGACCAUAAGUGUCGCGCUUUACCUGACCGACGCGGAGGUGCAGAAUUUCCUGGACUUCGUGCGUGGCUCCGCGGAUUUGCGGACGAGAAGGAAUAUCGCUUAUCACGUUGUGUACAAAGACGGGGAUCUUUAUCCUAUUAAUUAUUUAAGAAACACUGCGGUAUCAUACGUACCAACGUCAUUCGUCUUCCAACUUGAUAUUGACUUUUUACCACAAUUUGGGCUGUAUGAAAAUAUCAUGAAUCAUAUCAAUCGCUUAAAUAUCAACGAAUCAGACAAAGUAGCUUUGAUUGUGCCAGCAUUCGAAACUGAACGCUACAGGUUCACGUUCCCUGCCAACAAGGAGGAACUACUGAAGUUUCUUAAACGCGGUAUUUUGUACACGUUUCGCUAUCACGUUUGGACGCAGGGACACGCCGCCACAAAUUACAGCUUAUGGCGAAAUAGUACGGAACCUUACCAAGUUUCAUGGGAACCAGAUUUCGAACCUUAUAUUUUCGAACCUUAUAUAGUGGUUUCGAAAUCCGCUCCGCGCUACGACACUCGAUUUGUCGGAUUUGGCUGGAAUAAAGUUUCAUACGUGACCCAUUUAACGGCGCUAGAUUAUAAAUACAUCGUUUUACCAGACACCUUUAUUAUUCAUCGACCUCACGCUCCUAGUUUAGAUAUCGCCAAAUUUAGAACAGAUUCUGUAUACAGAAGAUGUCUUAAAAAGUUGAAGGAUGAAUUUGUCAAAGAACUGAUGGCAAAAUACGGUGAGACUGCACUGUCGAAACUAAAGAAAGAAACCAAAGAAGAUAAAACUUAAGAAAUUAUAUAAUUUUAACGUUUUAGCAUAUAAUGAUGUAUAAGUGUUCAAUAUAUUUUUACUGAAAACCUAUGUUUUAUGAAAUAAUUAUGAAAAAUCUAUAUAUCGCUAUUUUCUUAACAAAAAUAUAUAUCCUUUUAAAUAAAA